UUGUCAAACUUGACAAUUCCCACUCAUUCUUUUCCUUUUCCCAUUCUCCCUUUUUUCCUUGCUUUUUUCUCUCUCAUGGUAUAACGCCGGUGCAAGAAACGCAUUCUUCGCGGCCGUUCUCUCUGCUCUCUCUCUCUCUCCUUUCUCAUCGGCGGUGUCUCCUCUUGUUUGAUCUACAGAUGAUACCCCCUUUUGCCACAUCGCUAGCGCGCGAGAAGAAAAAGUUUCCAUCAUUCAUUUCUCUUUCCUUUUUCCCCAUGUGGGGUCUAUCUUUGGCCGUUCAGAGACGACGUUGCGAUUGUGUCUAUUUGAUGGUUUCUGCUCGCGGCUAUAGACUCCAACUUGAUUCAGAUCUACUCUACUCUUUCACUGUUCAUAGAUCAGAUAUAUGUUCGAUUUUCAUGGAAAUGCCUACAUUAUGCUUCACGAUGUGUCCCGCGUCAGGUGCUUCUCAGAUUUCUCCGAUCUCAUAUCCACCGCCUCGAUCUUCUCUUUCGGGCUGGGACUAUGAUGAAGCCCGAGCGGUGGACACUAUGUAGGAUUACGAGUGCGGAGGAGAGUCCCAUCCCACCGCAAGAGUGACGCAAAUUCGCCAUAACACGACUAUCAACCCUCUUCUCGUCGUGAUUUCAGACUCUAUUAA